AUGGGUGGCGUUAGGAUGGACAAUAUGUAUGACUCGGAGGACUCGAUGGGCUCCAUCGCGCCGCUGCCUCCCGUGCUGCAGCGUGGCCUCAUCGCUGUUUCUGCGUUCGCUUUACUGUCCUGGGCGACCUCGCUGACCUUAUUUGUGUAUCUAACAUACAGGCUCGCCGUUUGGCAAAUGCGGCCCUUCUUCGACAAUAUACAACCUUUAGAGGCAGCAGCAGCAUCAGGCCCAGAGCAGGCUGAGUCUCCAGACGAACUGGGUACUACAGAUGUCAAUGGAUUCUUAGUCCCGGACACAUAUCUGUGCCCCCCGAAUGACGAAGAUCAAGAGCUCCAGCCUCGGCGGCGUCGGCGGCGGCCGGGCUUCUGGGCCCUGCUACUCCAGACGCGGCCAAACCAGUUCCUGGUGCUAAUAUACUGCCUACUCUUCGCCGACAUGCAGCAGGCGCUAGCCUUUCUGCUCAAUGCCUGCUGGCUGCGCAUGGAUGCCGUGGCCGUGGGCACUGCGGCGUGCUGGGCGCAGGGCUGGUUCGUCUCGGUCGGGGACCUGGCCAGCAGCGUCUUCAUCACCGCCAUCGCCGCCCACACCUACCUCGGCGUAGCGCGCGGCUACCACUUGCCAUCCCGCGUCUUCUACGCGGGCAUCGCAGCGCUUUGGGGCUUCGUGUACGGUAUGGCGGUCUUGGGCGUUCUUAUCACGGAGAAUGGGAGGAGGGUUGGGGGGUUAUACGUCAGAGCUGGCGCUUGGUGUUGGAUCAACGCCUCAUACCAGGACCUACGCCUGGCGUUGCAUUAUCUAUGGAUAUUCAUCUCCCUCGGCGUGACCUCCGUCAUCUACUUUUCCAUCUACUUGACCCUUCAUCUCCAGAAGCGAAACCCAGUAUCUGGGGCUUCUAGCCCGAGCCUGCGCUACCCAAAUACCCAGAGUACGAGUCUGGACCUGCGGUAUCGCCAUCCCUUUUCUGUGCCCUUGAGCCCAAACCCAUCUGUCUCUUCCGUGUCCACACUACCGUCCAAGGACGGCGAAGCGCCGCCCAACGCAGGGCAUCCGAGGUCGUCACAUGAACCGCCCCGAAAAGCAGUUCGACCACCACCUUCCACCUCUUCUCACCCUGCCUUCCUCCUCUAUCCGCUAAUAUACGUAAUUUGCACCGCUCCGCUUGCUGCGGGGCGUAUAUACAGCAUGGCGGGUCACGAUGUAUCUCUUGCAUACUUCUGCUUCGCCGGCAGCAUGAUCGCGUGCAACGGGUGGCUCGAUGCCGUACUCUACUCAACAACACGACGAUCGCUCGUGUUUAGCAGCGCAUGUCGGCCGCCACCCGAGGGCGAUGUGGGCAUCGAGACGUUCGCUUUCAUGCGAACCCCAUCAGCGCGGAGAUACGGCAAUUUUGUCUUUGUUGCUGGGGGAGACGACGCGAACGGGAGGGGGGAUGGCGAAAGUGUGGACAAGGAAAGAUGGUGGAAAUGGGGUGGCAAAGACGUGGUGUCUAGGUGUGAAGGCUUUGAGGACGAGAGGAGAAAGGGUGAGAAGGAUGCGAAUAAGAGUCAGAUCAGCUUGAAAGGGUUCGGCAUGGGCAAUGGGGAGGUGAUGGGAAUGGCUAUCCAGUGCGAGACCGUCACAAAGGUUGUGGUGGAAGAGAAUGGGGACUUGGAGUACUAG